UAUUAUAGUCCUAGAAGCGUGGCACGCAACCCUAGGUCACAUUCGUUCUCCACACGCCAUUUUCUCUCCCAAAUCCUCGAUCCCAUAGCAGAGAAUUGUUGUUUUAGCUCCUCUUAUCCCAAUCUCCAUCUAUCUGCGCAAAUCCUUAUCUUGUAUUAUUUUGCUCUUUAUUUGAAUGCGUGAACGAUCGUCAUGUAUAUAACGGCCUCUACCUCUGCCUCUUCAGUCCUCAGAGCUUCGAGGGCGAGAUUCUCCAGUUCUCUUUCAUCCUCACUUUCACUGAGAAGUACUGUUUAUCCGCCUCUCAAUCUAUCUCCUUCUAUCACCAGUCACCGAUCUCUCAGCUUCUCCUCCGCUUUUCGAUCCCUCCGGUGCUCCGUUCCCCGGUGGAGCCACGGCGUCGACUGGCGAUCUCCAGUCAGUCUUCGCUCUCAGAUCAGAGCCGUCGCUCCUGUAAUCGAACAGUUUCAGCGAAAGAUUGCCACUAUGGCUCCUGAACAUCCUUUCAAGGGAGUUUUGACCAGUCUUCCAAAGCCAGGAGGUGGCGAAUUUGGAAAGUUCUACAGCCUGCCUGCUCUCAAUGACCCGAGAAUUGACAAGCUGCCAUACUCUAUCAGAAUCCUCCUCGAAUCUGCAAUUCGUAACUGUGAUGACUUCCAAGUCACAAAAGAAGAUGUUGAGAAGAUCAUUGAUUGGGAAAAAACAUCUUCGAAGCAAGUCGAAAUUCCUUUCAAACCUGCUCGUGUACUCUUGCAGGAUUUUACUGGAGUACCAGCGGUGGUUGACCUUGCUUGUAUGCGCGAUGCCAUGAACAAACUUGGCAGUGAUUCCAAAAAGAUCAAUCCUUUGGUUCCUGUAGAUCUAGUCAUUGAUCACUCAGUACAAGUUGAUGUGGCGAGAUCAGAAAAUGCAGUGCAAGCUAAUAUGGAUCUUGAAUUUCAAAGGAACAAAGAGAGAUUUUCUUUUCUUAAGUGGGGUUCUACAGCUUUUGAUAACAUGCUGGUUGUUCCUCCUGGUUCUGGUAUUGUCCAUCAGGUAAAUCUUGAAUAUCUUGGACGGGUUGUCUUCAAUCGGGAUAGUGUACUCUACCCAGAUAGUGUGGUUGGCACUGAUUCUCAUACAACCAUGAUUGAUGGGUUAGGAGUAGCUGGGUGGGGAGUUGGAGGUAUCGAAGCGGAGGCUGUAAUGCUUGGCCAGCCUAUGAGCAUGGUUUUACCUGGUGUGGUUGGGUUCAAGCUAUCUGGAAAGUUACGUAAUGGUGUCACAGCUACUGAUUUGGUUUUGACUGUGACACAAAUUCUACGGAAGCAUGGCGUUGUUGGAAAAUUUGUCGAGUUCUAUGGGGGCGGUAUGGGUGCACUGUCAUUAGCUGACAGAGCAACAAUAGCUAAUAUGUCGCCUGAAUAUGGUGCAACCAUGGGGUUCUUCCCUGUAGAUCAUGUUACUUUGCAAUAUCUUAAAUUGACUGGGAGAAGUGAUGAAACUGUGGCCAUGAUAGAAUCAUAUCUCAGGGCAAAUAAAAUGUUCGUUGACUAUAACGAGCCACAACAAGAGAGAGUGUACUCAUCAUAUCUACAGUUGGACCUUGCGGAUGUUGAACCAUGCAUAUCAGGACCGAAGAGGCCUCACGACCGGGUUCCUUUGAGAGAAAUGAAGGCCGAUUGGCAUUCUUGUCUGGAUAAUAAAGUUGGAUUCAAGGGGUUUGCUGUACCGAAAGAGGUGCAGGGCAAAGUGGCCAAUUUUUCAUUCCAUGGCCAGCCAGCAGAGCUAAAGCAUGGAAGCGUCGUUAUUGCUGCUAUUACUAGCUGCACCAAUACAUCCAACCCUAGCGUCAUGCUUGGCGCUGGUCUUGUUGCAAAAAAGGCUUGUGAACUUGGUUUACAGGUGAAGCCAUGGAUAAAGACAAGUCUUGCCCCAGGCUCAGGAGUUGUUACAAAAUAUUUACUCCAGAGUGGAUUGCAAAAAUACCUAGAUCAACAAGGCUUCAACAUUGUUGGUUAUGGCUGCACAACAUGUAUUGGGAACUCCGGUGAUUUGGAUGAAUCAGUAGCCUCCACUAUCUCGGAUAAUGACAUUGUUGCAGCAGCUGUGCUCUCUGGAAACCGGAAUUUUGAGGGUCGAGUCCAUCCUUUGACAAGGGCUAACUACCUGGCUUCCCCGCCUUUAGUGGUUGCCUAUGCACUUGCUGGCACGGUUGAUAUUGACUUUGAAAAUGAGCCUAUUGGUAUGGGGAAGGAUGGUAAGAGCGUUUAUUUCAAGGAAAUAUGGCCAUCCACAGAAGAAAUUGCUGAGGCUGUCCAAUCAAGUGUGCUUCCCAAUAUGUUUAGAAGUACUUAUGAGGCUAUCACAAAGGGGAAUCCCAUGUGGAAUCAGCUGUCUGUACCAGCAGCCACUAUGUACUCAUGGGACGCCAACUCAACGUACAUUCACGAGCCUCCUUAUUUCAAGAACAUGACUAUGGAUCCUCCCGGAUCGCAUGGAGUGAAGGAUGCCUACUGCUUGCUUAACUUUGGUGACAGUAUCACAACAGAUCACAUUUCCCCAGCAGGAAACAUUCACAAAGACAGUCCUGCUGCUAAGUACCUGCUUGAGCGUGGGGUGGAUCGCAAGGACUUCAAUUCUUAUGGAAGUCGUCGCGGAAAUGAUGAAGUGAUGGCUAGGGGAACUUUUGCGAAUAUCCGCAUUGUUAACAAGCUUUUGAAUGGGGAAGUGGGCCCAAAGACUGUUCACAUUCCAACUGGAGAGAAACUCUAUGUUUUUGAUGCAGCAACGAAAUACAGGACUGCUGGGCAUGAUACCAUUAUUUUGGCUGGAGCCGAGUAUGGAAGUGGAAGCUCCAGAGAUUGGGCUGCCAAGGGUCCAAUGUUGUUGGGAGUUAAAGCUGUGAUUGCCAAAAGUUUUGAGAGAAUCCAUCGUAGUAAUUUGGUAGGAAUGGGUAUAGUUCCCCUUUGUUUCAAGCCUGGUCAGGAUGCAGACUCUCUAGGGUUGACUGGUCAUGAGCGUUAUUCCAUUGAUCUUCCAACCAACAUUAGUGAAAUAAGGCCUGGUCAAGAUGUGACUGUUACAACUGACACAGGGAAAUCUUUUACCUGCACUGUCCGCUUUGAUACCGAGGUGGAAUUGGCGUAUUUCAACCAUGGAGGUAUACUUCCAUAUGUUAUCCGCAACCUGGCAAAACAGUAAAAUUACUGUCUUGUUGGACAUUCGUCUUAGCUUCGGUUAGCAGGGAAUAAAAUUUUACAAAUCUCCUUCAGUGGACGAGCAUUUUUCCUGACACAUUUUUAUUUGGUCUGUUAUAAAGAGUUGUUCUCUGGUAGCAUAAAUUUUGUUAGGAACCUGUGUGCACUGCAAACCAAUUUUCUCGUGUAUCGCCAUGUAAGGGUUUAUAUAGCACUGUCAAUGUUUUCCCAAAUAAAUUUUCCUAUUGUUUCAUCUUCAGUACGUUUAAUUGACAUUGCCUAUUUUUGGGA